AUGGUAGAUGCUGGUGAGAAUUAUACUUCUACAUUGAAAAGAGAAUUUUCUGAAGAAGCAUUAAAUUCUACAACAACUUCACCGAAAGAAUUAGAGGCAAUCGUAAAACGUGUCGAUGAUGCUUUUCAUCAUGGAGUUGAGAUUUACAAAGGUUACGUAGAUGAUCCACGCAAUACAGACAAUGCAUGGAUGGAAACGGUAGCAGUGAAUUUUCACGAUGAUCACGGUGAUUGUUUAGCGCUGUUCCCGCUGACUGCAGGUACAUAA